ACGUCUCCGCGGCCUCCGACGUCUCUGCGGCCUCGUCUCCGCGGCCUCCGGCGUCUCUGCGGCCUCCGGCGUCUCUGCCAUGAGCGAAUUCUGGCUGUGCUUCAACUGCUGCAUCACGGAGCAGCCGCAGCCUAAACGCCGCCGCCGCCUCGACCGGACGAUGAUCGGGGAGCCCACCAACUUCGUCCACACGGCCCACGUCGGCUCGGGGGACCUGUUCGGCGGCGGGAGCUCGGUGAAUUCCAUCCAGAUCCAGAUGAAGUCCAAAGGCGGAUACGGAGGAGGAAGAGGAGGAGGAGGAGGAGGAGGCGGCGGCGGCGGCGGCGGGGGUCCGCUCCUGGUGGAGGCCCAGGCCAGCUGAGCCCCCCUCGCCCACCCCCCGGGGGCCUGUCGUCGGAAUUUUCUGUCGCCGUCGUCGUCCACCUGGUGUCCGGCCCGCCGCCGCCGCCGCCGCCUUAUUUCGUUCCCCCCCCGCCUGGGGUCGGCGGGCGGC